ACCCUCUCUCUCGCUUGCGAAACAUGGACCCCUCUGAAAGAACAUCUGCGCGAGUUUGAAACAUUCAGGCUGCCCUGCCGACGAUCCGUCCUGAGUUUAACCAGACUGGAUUGGAUUGUGUGAGGAGCUCACAGAUCACUGAAAGAUCUGGACACAGUCCAACCAAUGGAGGGACACGCAGACUACGAGCGUUCAAAUGUGGAGGUGAUUAAGUGCGUGGUGGUCGGGGACAACGCAGUGGGGAAGACUCGCCUGAUCUGUGCCCGGGCCUGCUCCUCGGCGCCACCCACACACGCCCAGGCCGGCACACACGUGCCCACCGUGUGGGCCAUAGACCACUACCGCGCGUGUCCUGAGGUGCUGGAGCGCUCGCGGGGCAUGGUGGACGACGUGAACGUGUCCCUGCGACUGUGGGACACGUUCGGAGAUCACCACAAGGACAGAAAGUUCGCUUAUGGACGGGCGGACGUGGUGGUGGUGUGCUUCUCCAUCGCGAGCCCCGUGUCCCUGGCGCACGUGCGCUCCGUGUGGAUCCCCGAGGUGCGCCAGUUCUGCCCCCGCACGCCCAUCCUACUGGCGGGCCUGCAGCUCGACCUGCGCUACGCCCACUUGGACACACUCAACCGCGCCCGCAGGCCCUUCUGCAAGCCGUUGAAGCCGAGCGACCUGCUCCCCCCAGACCGGGGGAGGGAGGUGGCACGGAGUUUUGGGCUGCCCUACUACGAGGCCAGCGUGAUGGCGGGGGGCGUGGGAGGCGCGGGGGGUGUGGUGGAGGAGGGGGCUGGAGCCCCCCAGCAUCAUGGGGUACGGGACAUCUUCGACAACGCGAUCCGCGUUGCUCUUCUUGCUCGGCGAGGUCUCCACUUCUGGAAAACUCAGCUCAAGCGAGUGAGGCCUCCUCUUCUGCAGGCGCCGUUCCUCCCCCCAAAGCCGCCUCGUCCCCAUGUGGAGCCUCCUCCUCCUCUCCCCACGCCAUCCGCCCUCUCCCCCCGUCCGUCUUUGUCUCCCUCGAACGGCGCCGCGACCGCCGUCACCUCGACGUCGUCUUCACCCUCCUCCUCUGCGUUAGAGGCGGAAGCGGCAUCGUCCCUACCCUCGUUCCUGCUGACGGAGACCGCUGCCACGAUGGUGGAGAGCGAGCGGGCCGCCGACGUGGUGUUCGAGGUGGCAGGCGAGCGGGUGUACGCGCACAAGGUCUUCCUCGCCAUGGCCUGCUCCAAGUUUCAGGAGCUUUUCACCAGCGAAUUGGCUAAUCAGAUCGCGGCACAAGAUGGCUACCAGGGUACCAACGAUGCAGGAGGAGACGGAGCGCAUGCCCAGGAUGGAGACGGCGCCAGCAGCCACGCGCGUCCCAGCGGGAGAGACCCGCACUGGAGCCGCGCCAUUGUGAACGUUCGCCAAGAGAUGGUGGACAAUGGCUUCUACCAACAGCAGCAGCUGCAGCUUGGUGCAAAGUCCCGGCACCGCCUCGUGGUGUCGCUGGGCUCCUCGUUCCCACUCGACGCGUUCCUCACGACGCUUCACUUCCUCUACACGGGGGAGCUGCGCGAUGAGGAGGCGUGGGCGCGCGGCUGGGACGCCCUCGACGAUGGCGGCGACGACGCCCACGAAGAUGACACUGAUGACGGUGAUGGAGGAGGAGGAGGCCAUGGAGACAUCGAUACAGGAGGGGGAGGCGAUGGGGAUGGGGGCAGCGGUGGUGGCGAUGAUAAUGAUGACGACAACGAUGAUGAUGAUGGGGAGAUGUUCAGAACGAACCGCAGGAUGUUCCAUCGGCGCUACUCAUCCCGAUGGCACAGACCCAUCGACAAGGAGGUGGCACGCACACGGAGAGGCUUGGGGGCACAGGGGGACUCGGGGGUCGGGUGUGUGGGGGGGGGCGUCGGGCUCAGUGGGAUCGGGCCCCCCACCCUACACGGACAGCUGCUGUCAGAUCUGGAGCGGCGCGUGGUGCGACGCGUCUCGGCGCUGCGCUCCGUGGCCGCCGUGGCCGAGGCGCUGGAGGUGUUCGACCUCCGCGUCAUGGUGGGCAACGAGCUGCAGAGCGAGGCCUUCAUGAACACCGAGGUCACACGCGCCUUCCACACGCGGCGCGCCAACCGUCUGCGCGACCUGCUGGCACGCGGCACGCUCGCCGACGUGGUGUUCCGCACAGACAACGGGCUGGUGCCUGCUCACAAGCCCCUGCUCAUCCCCAGCUGUGAGUGGAUGGCUGCCAUGUUCAGUGGAGCCUUCAUAGAGAACUUCCAGGAUGAGGUGCGCCUCCCCGGCACGUCGCGUGCGUGCGUGCGCGCGCUUCUGGAGUACCUCUACACACGCCACGUGACCGUCUCCCACGAGCUCAACCUCAUGGAGCUCAUCGGCAUGGGAAACCGCCUCUGCAUGGCCCGGCUCGUCCACCUGGCAGAGUUCCACAUGGUGCGCCGACUGGAGGCCUUGUUGGACGCCAACAAAGACAUAAACCGUGAAGUGCUCAUCUCUCUGGAGCUCACCCAGCUUCACAAUGCUGAGCGGUUGGCUGGGUGGUUGCGUCACCACGUUUGCACCAACUUCAACACCGUGUGCCGCGAGUAUCCUGUCAAGAUGAUGAAAAUGUCUGCCGAGAAUAUGGCGGUGUUCGAAGCGGGCCGCUGGCCACCCGUGUGGUACCUGAAGGAGGAGGAUUUCUUCAUGCGCGCGGCUCGUGAGCGCGAAAGCCAGGAGCACACUGCGCCCAAGACUCGCCCCGCCUACCGCUUCUGCUUCUGGACCCUGGGGGCCCGCGGGUCACACCACGCCAGCCAGGACUCCCUGCUGCAGUGAGCAGAGAUGGGGUGGAGAGGGGCGAAGACAAGGGAGAACGAGGAAGAGUGGGAGAGGGGUAAGCCUUGCCCUCUGUUGCUAGUCUAGCGGGCAAGCGCAUUCACCGCUCGUUGCAGAGGCUCGCGGUUGGAGUCCCAGAGGCUGCCCCGGUUAAUACUGCGCCAUCCGCUUCACAGUGGAUGGUAAAGACCCCCUGAUGGCAUUUGAAGAAGAGUAGUCAUAAUAGUAGGUCAGUGUAUGCCGGCGCGACAGUCCAAAUUAGAAAAAUUACAAAUGACUACCUUUGUAAACGUACGGCAACUGUCACCCUCGACCGCAACAACUUUGCGGGAUGCCUCCACUGCAAUGAGCUCGAGAUCACCUCUCCACAGGGUGCUCGGCCUACUCUUUUGCACUGGCCAGACAUGUUGGAAUAUGCGGGAGUUACCCACGCUUUACCCCACCACUCACGACCUGUUGGCCAACUAACUGUGUGGUUGGGCUCAUUUAUGCUGCUGGGUGGACAGAGGCGGCAUGGGGAUGAGAGGGGUGUGGGGUGGAAUUGAAGAAACUUGUUUCAACUGCGGUGCCAGGAAUGGAACUGGCCUCCUGGAUCACAACUCAAGUGUGACGACCAUGACACCAGAGCAGCGUCCUCACUCGACUGGUUAUCGAUUCGUUGCAGUAUUGCUUUACGUAUCUAUGGGCCCUUUUUGCUAGUAUAAAAAAAUGAUGAAAAAUAAGAAGAGGUUUUACCCUUUCUGGAAAUAAAACAGCAGUUGUGUUAAGAUGUUGAAACAUCAAAUAGACACCUUUUUCAAGGCAUCAAGUCUUCAUUAACCAAACAUGUGGAGAAACAUGCAAACAAACAUGCUAUAAUCAUAUAUGCAUUGUCCUUGAAACUGAUUGGCCUACACCAGAGACAGCAGCCUUCUUUUAUGGCCUUGUCUCACCAAUGUGUUAGACCAGAGAACGUCAAAAGUCGGAAAGCAAUGCAAGUAUCAGAACACUUAUAGCUCUGGUCGAGCAGUUAUAUCUAUGGCACCUGUUUCCCACUAUCAAAAGAUGUUUUUAAAAAGAGCUUUUACCCUUUCUUGCAAUAACGUUAUUACGCAUUCAAUGUAAAAGUGAUGCGUAAUUCCCAUCUUAUUAACACUUUAACGAGUCAGCAUGCUGCUCGACUGGAAGCACUGAUUUUGAGUCCAAAAAGUUAUAAAUCCGCCAUGGUGACUUGGCUCACGCGAAGGGUUAAAUUAACUUAGGGCCACGCUAAAUACCCUACGUUCUUUAACUUUACCGCACUUUUGAAAUGUCUAGUGACAGGAUCGCGCGGUGUUUUAAAUGUGUAAUAUAUAGGAAAAUAUAGAGAUUUCCCGACAGCGGUGGUGAUGAUGAAAAGGGCGAUGGUGUGAAUUAUUAAUGACAAACCAACGCAACAACAUUUCCAAAACCGUCAACAUUUCUCGAUCAUCCACAUUUCUGUAUCCGCGUUGUAUUUAUCCGUAGAGAUAUAUACAUAUGUGUUGUGUAUGUAUACUAACUGAUACAUACAUAUUUGUAUGCUAAAUGAGAUCUAUAAAUACUUGAUGAGUUGUUUUUUUGUUUGUUUUAGCAGCCUCUGACCAAAUCACACGGAACGAGCCGGGUCUCAUGAUCUAGGAAGCCAAGCAUGGUUGACUAUAGGUAGCACUUGUAUUUGGAUGGCAAACCAUGCAUAUCAAGUUGUCAUAGGUGGCUGCCACGCAGGGCUAACAGCAGCAGCAGAGGGUGGUGCAGCAACAUCCAACAUCCCCCUUGUGGUACUCUAUUAACGAACUACUAACUCAACAUUUUUUAAUUUUACCAGGUAAGGCCCACCGAGCUCUUUAGCUCUUUUUCAGAAGCGACCUGGCCACAAAUGAUAGCUCAACGAAGUGGCUUAUCACAAAGAAAUGUAUAGCAAGCCAAAUACUCUAAAACACAUGUUUGUAAAUGUGGAGGUUAAAACCGGAGGAUCCAGAGUAAAAUCCACGCGACCACGGGGAGAACAAGCAAACUCCAAAUAGACAGGUGGCAGGGUCGGGAUCGGACCCAUGUCUUCUCGCAUACCAGGCGAGGUAGUUAACAUUUCGGCAGUCCAGCACCCUAUUCUCACAUGCAUCUUCCCUGGCUUCACCAACCCGCUCUGACCAGCAUGGUGAAGUAUGGUGAAAUAACCACCAUGACCCACACAGCCGUGAGAAGGUCCUCACCCAACAGUGGAUUUACCUAGGGCUCUGCAUGGCCACGAGUAGUUGUGUGUUAUAAUUCCUCACAAUAAGGUUUUCCUUAUUAAGCCGAGAUCACAAUGAGUAUUGUAGUCACUCGCAGAUGAAGAAACAUCGAACUCUGAAAUAUUGUUUUAGUUGUUUGACUACACUUCACACACUGGUCAGUGCAGGAUUUUGAAGGAGGAGCCUCGGAAAACUGACACGGCAUGGGGAGGCCUUCAUUUGGCAGCGGAUUGAACAAGGGCUGUGAAUAAUUAAACUGUUUUGGUGAAAACUGUUGAAAAAUGUGUGCACGUGUUGGUGAAACAGUCGUAUGCACACACUCGUUCCAAUACACACAUAUAUCUGCACCCUAAUGGUGUUUUUAUGCAACCUUUAGUUGACAAUCGCACACCGCUCAACACCAUGACUGUUCACAUUCACUAAAAAACCCAAGAUAUCCUCGUGGACAAAGCCGUUGAUGCCACCGCUGCAUCUCAUCGCUAACGCUGCCACAGCAGCUACUGCUGCUGCAGCUCAGGAAACACGCAGCGACCUCCGAGGUCUGCCCUGACAGCCUCCUCCUCCCACCAUCUGCUCUUAGACUCACAAACUUGCACAGGCCCAUACAGACCCACACAGAAACCCACAAACUCGCACAGACCCACACCGACCCAUAGACUUGCAGAGACCCCCAGACUAACAUAAAUACAAACCCACAGCCUUACACAGAGACCCACAGACUCGCACAGAGAGCCAUAGAUCUGCCCUGGCCGUCUCCCCCCCCCAUCUGCUCUUAGGUCUUCUCUUCCCCUUUGUCGCCGGACUCGUGGAGACCGCUCCCAAUGCCAGUCCUCACAACCGGUUCUCACCCCCAAUCCUGCACAAACGAUGCACCCAGCCUCGUCGUUUUGGUCCAAUCACAUUUCCAGAACUUCUGCAUUGCCUCUCCGAUGUUCGGAACCAGUAUAUUUAUAACCUGUAUUUAUCUUGCCACGAAAUUCAUAGAAUCUGCAAUAGACACCUGUGCUCAAAUGUCAGAAAUUUGUUUUCCUGUUUUUUUCCAAAAAAAUAUGCAACUUUGGAACUAUAUUAGUUAUACUUAAUUAGUUGUUGGGGGUUAGGGUUAGAGCUGGCGAAGUGAUUCAGAAGUCAGAUGCGCUGAGCUGGCACAGUUGAGUGCCUGGGUUUAAAUCCAGAUUUCAACUGCCCAACCAGUGAUUAAACCGAAUUCUCAAUCAAGUGUAGUGCACAAAUAGACUCUGCCCAAUCACCAGUGGACUCACAUAAGAUACACAUAGACUAGCAUACAGAACCAAACACUCUCAUAGACUCAGUUCUGAUUCAACCCGGUUUUGCAUUUCAUUUAUCUAAAUUACAGCUCUGAAGAUUUCAAUAUCAGUUUGACUCUCUAUAGCCGGGCAGGUAGAAUAGUACUGCCCCCUACUGUGCAUCUCAGAGGAAGCUCUGUUAUAUCCACUUCAGUGGGGCAUUCUUUCACACGGACAUAUGCUUUGUAAGAAUGGAUUCUCCACCUCAUGACAUUACGUGACACCAAACCCAAUUUUAGAUGAUAUUGUAACAGUUCAAGGUCGAGGUCAUCAGCCAAUACUGUACCACCACGGUUGCCAGCACAACUGUAGGGCCCGACAUCGACUCCCUCGCCCUCGCGAGGCAGGUGGGGGCGUGACUUCCGCCCGUUCCCUCCUUCACUGCGUCGGUUGGCUCCAGCUGGGCCCUCGCCGCCCGAGUGAUGGGGCCCCCCGUGCUAGCGCCCUCUCUGAGGGACAUACUCGUGCCGCUGGCUCGUAGCCGCACGGAGUUACACCACACACCAGUGCACCCCGCAGCUAACGCAGCAGCACGCUCGCGCUCACACCUGCCAGAGAUUACCUCUUGAUGUGCACGCCGCGGCCCCACGUUCACUCUCGCCGCGAGUUCCUCCACGCAGUCGCUCCACACAGAAAUCACAGACACCACACCUAUGUUCUGUGCUAACUUUUAUUCUCGGCGCAAACCCCGCACUUCCCGGGGUGACUAUUUUGUGAAAAGAGGCUAGCCUACUGCUGCCUCAGUCCCCAGAUGUUCAAACGUCCUGCCACGUACCUCGUAGCUAUACUAACGGCGUGUCAUGGGCGCUGUGAGCGGCUCGAGAAAGUAGGACAGCAGGGGGGGUGGGUCUUGGCGGCCCAGAUGUUGAAGAAAAUAUCUCAUUUGAACGGCCCCAGGCUCCCCUUUUAUCCCCCUGACUUCAAAAGCCCGGGGUCGCGUACUGCGCGGCCAAUCAUGUGCCUACCUGUGAUUACGUUUUUUUUUAUUUGACCAGAUAAUGCCCACUGAGCUAUAUCGCUCUUUUUCGUAAGCGAUCUGGCCAUAAAUGAAAGUUAAACAAAGUGGCAUAUCAUGUGAAAAAGCUUAUUUUUACAUGUGGAGGGAAAAAUCGGAGGA